AUGAAUCGCAAUACUCUUUACGUGAACAAUUUGAACGAUAAAAUAAACAAAAAUGAUCUAAAAGUAUCUUUAUAUGUUUUGUUUUCUACAUAUGGAACUGUCGUGGAUAUCAUUGCGUUGAAGACACCAAAAAUGAGAGGUCAAGCGCAUAUUGUUUUCUAUGAUGCAUCUGCUGCAGCGAUUGCUAUGAAAGCUUUAAAAAAUACUCAGUUCUUUGGAAAGGAAAUGCGGAUCGACUAUGCGAAAACGCAAAGUAAAAUGGUUGAACGAAUUUACGGUUCAGAACCAAGAGGUUCACUGAAGCGUUCACGAGAAGAUGCCGAUGUUGAGAUUGAAGAUGCUGGAAUGUUGAAAAGGGCGUCUUAA